AUGUCGGAUUCAAACAACCUACCCAUCCCAGGCUCGCUCCUGCUUGUCGACGAGAACGCGACGGGUGCGCGGCAUGGAGAUAUCAUCCUCAGUCCAAGGCCAAGCCGUGACUUCAAUGACCCCCUCAACUGGAGCAAGUGGCGCAAACAACUCGCAUUCGCUAUGCUCAUGACUUAUACUGUCCUUUCCGGAUUCGCGGCGUGCUCGGUGUACUCUGUGCUCGUUCCGCUGGGCGAGACCAAGAACAUCAGUUUGGGCGCCCUUAAUGCCGGCACCGGCUACAUGUUCCUCCUUCUCGGCUGGGGUGGUCUCAUCACUCAGCCCCUGGCUCUCACUUUCGGCAAGCGCCCUCUGUUCAUCUUCAGCACAAUGGGUCACCUCGGAACUAUUAUUUGGCAGGUAUACAUUACGUCCGAGGGAACAUGGCAUGCGAACAAGGUCUUGCAGGGCCUGUUUACGGCGCCGAUCGAGAUGCUUAUCGAGGUGUCGAUUGCCGACUUGUUCUUUGCGCAUGAGCGCGGCUUCUAUAUGGGCCUCUACGCAACUGCACUGUACGGCGGCAACUUCCUCGCUCCCGUUUGGGCCGGUUUUGCAAACGACACCCUUGGAUGGGAGUGGGUCUUCUGGCUCAGCGCAAUGAUGCUGGGCAUCCUCAUUGUCGUCCUCUUCUUCUUCAUGGAAGAGACCAACUACAACCGCGGUACGACCGAGCUCGGCGAGAAGCACGGCGGUGCCAAUACCCCUGACCUCGAGGCACCCGACGAUGACAAGGAACUCACCACCGUCACCAUUGAGGACACCCGCCCGCCUCUUGAGGGCACAGAGUACAGCUACUUGUACAAGAUUGCUCUCUACCGCCAACGCUACACGACCUGGUCGACGCUCUGGGCACAGGUCUACCGACCCAUCAUCUUUUUCCGGUAUCCGGUCGUGCUCUGGUCGGGUCUCCUGUACGGCUGCUCGCUCGUGUGGUACAACGUGCUUAACGCGACCGCGUCCAUGAUCCUCACUAACAACUACGGUUUCUCGGCUUCCAUGGUCGGCCUGUUUUACCUCGGCCCCACGAUCGGCGCGUGUCUCAGCUCUGCUCAUUCGGGCUGGGCAGCCGACAAGUGGCUCCUCUAUUACACGCGCAAGCGCGGUGGUGUGCGUGAGCCCGAGGACCGUCUGUGGCUGCUCGCUCUCAACGCCAUCCUCCUUCCCGCCGGUCUCAUCCUCUGGGGUGUUGGUGCUGCCAACCACAUUCACUGGUUUGGCCUGGUUAUUGGCGGAGGAUUGGUCGCUUUCACAUCGGCGUCUGGCGGUGCCUUCGCCCUCAACUACGUCAUGGACUCGUACAAGGAUCUAGGCGGCGAAGUUGUCCUGACCACCAUUCUUAUCCGCAACUCGCUGUCGUUCGCCAUCGGCUACGGCAUCACGCCAUGGCUCAACAUGGGUCUCCAGAACACGUUCAUCACCGCCGCCAUGGUUGGUAUGGCGCUGUACAGCUCGUUCGUCAUCAUGACUACAUGGGGCAAGAAGUUCCGCAAGGGCAGUCGCAAGUCGUACUGGGCCUACGUCGAGUCGAGCGUCAUGCCGUCCCACUAG